AUUCUCACUGCGCAUGCGCUGCUCAGGUAGCGCGCAGUGCGCUCGGUCAUGUGAUCAGCUGUGUCCAAUCACAGCUGAUCACAUGGGACAUGUACACUGAUCAUCAGGGCACUGAUGAUCAGUGUGCCCUGAUGAUCAGUGUGGCCCCAGAAGUGCCACCUGUCAGUGCUCAUCAGUGCCAGUGCCCAUCAAUGCCAGUGCCCAUCAGUGCCACAUCAAUGCCACAUAUCAGUGCAUACCAGUGCACAUCAAUGCCACAUAUCAGUGCCCAUCUGAGCUGCCUUUCAAUGUCACCCAUCAGUGCCAGUCAGUGCCACCUAUCAAUGACAAUCAGUGCAACCUAUCAGUGCUGCCAAUCA